GCGGCUGGGCCAGGGACAGCCUCUUCCGUCCUUUGUUGCAAGAAUUCAGAGUUUUGUUGUUUUUUUUUUCCUUUAGAGGUUUAACUUGAAGGCUCUGGGAACCUGGAGCCUGAAGGCAGGUGCUUCAGACGAAGGAACAAGACAUGAUGGGACCACUCCUCUCGUGCCUCUGGGGGCUCCUUGGAAGGGCAGCGCUGGCAGCGUGGGCUGCAGAUUCUAGGCACCAUGGGGGCUACCCACAAGGGGACUUUAGCACCAGCUCCUACCCUCCUGGAAGUCCCAGCCCUCCCAGAACUGGGGAGCAGGAGACAGGGGUCCCUUUCCCCUUGCCUCUGAUUCCCCCCUACCAGAUGGAGGAUGGACCCAAGGAUCCCAGGAGAAGUAAUUGGUGCCCAUACCGGCAGUCCAGGCUGAUCACCUAUGUAGCCUCCUGCAAAACUGAGAAAUUCCUUGUCCAUUCUCAGCAGCCCUGUCCUCCUGGGACUCCUGAUUGUCAGAAGGUCAAAGUCAUGUACCGGGUCUCCCUGAAGCCAGUAUACCAGGUGAAGCAGAAAGUCCACAACUCUGUGGUUUGGAAGUGUUGUCCUGGCUACACUGGGACUGACUGCAAACAUUAUGACCCUUCACUGAUCACAGAAAUGGACAACCAGAGAAAUGGGAAAGAGCACCCCUGGGAAGAAGCCCUGGAACAUGAAACUGCUCCACCUUCCAGAGAGCCCAGUGAGUUCCAGAGUUCAAUUGAGCAACAGGAGAACCUCUUAGAAGACCUUCAGAAUGACAUCCAUCAGGCCACCAGUGACCUUCUGGAUUUGCAGAAGUCCCUAGAAAGUAACCAUACAGCUGAAGAGAUGGAGGCAAAUCUAACUGGACUUGGGUCUGGAGAUCAAUCCCUUCACCAAGCCCUCUUACCCUAUGUGGAAGCUUUCCUGAAAAAUCAUUUCAGCCCCAUGUGGAGAAGCUUCAAUGAAAGCCUCCAUAAUCUCUCUCAUGUGGUAAGGAAUCUAUCGCAUGAAGUGGAGGCCAAUCGCCACAACAUUGAGAGAUUCCAGGAGAUGGCUGUGCCCAAGAUGGACUUUCAGGAACUAGGCACCAAGUUUGAGUCCAAAGUCCAGGAAAACAUUCUGAAAGUCAACCAGCUUCGGCAGGACAUCAACAAUCGGCUGCAUGACCAGCAGCUUGCCUUGAACCACAACUUGUCUGAAGUCAGGGCAGAUACUGAUUUGAAGGUGAAGAAACUCCAGAAGUACCAGGAAGUCCAACUGCAACUGGCCAAUACAAGCACUGUGGAGUCCAAGGAAGGACAGGAUGACCUACAGGUCAAGCUAGGACAGCUGCAGAGCAACCUCUCUGAGCUUUACUUUGCUUCUGGCAGGAGGGAAGAAGAAGUCCUCAGUGCCCUCAGGCAACUCAAUGAGACCCUUGCCAAACACGAGGAAGAUAUCAAAGAACUCUUCAUAGACUCGGAUGAGAACUUUGAGCUUGGCACCAGGCUGGAAGGGCAGGUGGCCACCUUGAGAAGCAACAAGGCCAUGAUUGAGGAACUCAGGGUCAUCUUAAUGGAGAAGUCCCUCAUAAUGGAGGAGAUCAAAGAAGAGUUUGAGAGGCAGAUCCUAGACCUGAACUACACUCUCCACCACCUCCAGGGGAGCCACUUGGACCUGAUGAAGUACGUGAAGGACUGCAAUUGUCAAAAACUAUACUUUGACCUCAGCCUCCUCCGGGAGGACCAGAGAAAUGCCACUCGUUUUCUAGAAGAAACCCACUUGACCCUGGAGGACCAGAAGAUGCUGGAGAGUUCUUCAGUCAAGGCUCUGCGCAAUGCUGUAGAGGACCUUGCCUUGUCCGUGGAUGCCCAGAAGGAGGAGACUGCCCGUGCUAAAGUGGGUGCAGCCUGGCUCAAGGGCCAGGUACACGCACUGGCAGGGGAGGUAGAAGGGCUAAAGAGGGUGGACAGGCACAUCUUCAGGGAAAUCCGCUACCUCAACAAUUCUUUUGGCUCCCUCCUGGAAGAUGCCUUGAGACACCAGACUGUGCUGGCCACUCUUUUUGGAGAAGAAAUGCUGGAGGAGCUAAUUGAAGAGGAGGACACUGGGUUGUCUUUAACCUAUCUUCAAAUUGAAGAUGCCCUUGAUUAUACAUCAAACAGACUGAAGGAGCAAGCUUUGGACCUGAAAUCUCUCAGGGAGAAGGUAGAUUUACUGGAGAGUGCUGAGGAACGUAGGUCAUCAGACCCUGGACGGGUUGAGGCUGGACCUCAACCUCCAAGCGGAGCAGAACAUCUGGAACCCAACCACGAAGCCUCAAAUGGGGAUGGCUUCCAAGAAAAUGACUUGAUUGGACUGAAAAGAGAGAUCACACACCUGAACACUCAGAUGGAGAAAUUCGAGUCCCAGUUAAGCAACAGUCAAGGGUGCUGCCAUCCUGUUAGGAUAUUACCCCUCAAUCUGUCUGUGGAAAACCUCCAGAGCGAUGUCAGGGCCAUGAAGCAGGACCUGGGGCAGCAUCUCCAGCUGUUCCAGAGCCUGUUUGGCAACUACAAAGAGCUGGUGGUCACUAAUGUCAGCCUGGACCUGGGAAAGCUUCAGUCGGUCCUCAGCAAAAAGGGGAAGAAAUCACAAAGAGAACAAGAGUCUCACCGAAAGAGGGACAAGAAGCAAGUGGAGAAAGGGGGAGAGCAGCCAUUUCCUGAGAGCGGGACGAGUGACCAGUCCCCCAAGCUCCUUGGAAGAGGACCUUCGGUGGCCUUCUAUGCCGGCUCUCCCCACGGGAGCCACGGCCCGAGGCAGCCGGUGAAGUUCAACGUCACCUACCUCAACGUCGGGGGCGGCUACUCGAUGGAGCACGGCUUCUUCCGAGCCCCUGAGCGCGGCGUCUACCUGCUGGCGGUGAGCGCCGAGUUCGGCCCGGAGCCGGCCGAGGGCCAGCUCGUGCUCGGGGGGCGGCUCCGGACGUCGGUGGUGUCCCGGGGCUCCGAGGCGCCCGCGGCGGCGGCGGCGGCAGGAGGAAGCACGGCCGCCACCUUCGUGCUGGCCGAGAUGCAGAAGGGAGAGAGGGUGUGGUUCGAGCUCACGCGGGGCUCCUUGGCCAAGAGGGAUCCCAGCGGGACCGCGCUGGGCGGUUUCUUGGUAUUCAAGACUUGAACUCGAGCCCCUGGCCCGAUUCCCCUUCCCCAAGAGGCCGUGGCAGGCCCGACCGUGACUUCUGUAGCCCCACGCCUUAGCUCGGCGGGCGCUUUGGGGCCGGCUUUUUCCGGAGGGCUCCCUGGGAGUGUGGAGUCCUUCCAUCUGGCCGUAGGACCCCCAAGCCGCUCCCCGGGGAGGAAGGGGGCUGGGCAGGGGAGGUCGGAAGCCCCUGGGCUAGGGGAGAGGGAGGAGAGGGGGUUUGCUCCCCCCGCGCCCCCAGCCCUUUUCGGGGCUCCCCGCCUUUCCUAGAACUCUUCAACCCUAUUCCUCCCCUUGGUUUCUUUUCCAUUCUUUUUCUACCUCGCUUGAGGGGGGACCCCAGAGGCCUGGCCAAGGCAACCAGCAUUUAGGAAACCCCCGGCCGAGCGGCCAGGGCCGAGAAUGGCCCAAACGCCAUCUGCGCCCCUCAGAGGCCGGUUCUAAUGAAUGCUGGAGACGUCCAGGAGAACUGGAAGACCCGACCGACCCCAGGAAAUGGCAGCUUGUCAGAAUCGCUGUUUCGGGCGGGCAGCGCCAGUUCAACUUCGCAUCUCCGGGAAAUGGAGGGAAAGGCAGAUCUGCCUAAACCUCCAUCCCCUGGUCGAGUCCGAAGGAAGGGCCUUCGAGAAGGCCCAGUUCAGGCUCCUGCUUCAGAGACGAGGGAAGGGAGAAGAAAUGUGUGCCCGGCUGUGAAGAAAGCCCGGCCCUUCCCUGGCACCCGCAGCCUCUGCGCUCAGCCCCAUUCCCCACCGCACUCCCUCCUCUAACGCGUAAGAAUCUUUAAAGUGGGACUGAGGGAUUCUGGGCCGAUUUUUUAAUAUUUAAAAAUGGAAAUCUAUUUCCUUAACAAAGUCUCACGUUUGUUAAACCCCAACUGGGAGAAGUGAUCAAGAAAAAGUGUCUUAGAAAGACAAACGUAUCCGGGAACUGAAAUCACACUCGACUCUUCGGCUGAUUAGAACUUCCAGCCAGGACCUGGUUAGUAAGAAGAAUGGAUUCCAUGGGAAGUCUCCAGACCCCCACUUCCUCCUUCUUCCGGUGGCUUCACCGCAGGGGAGUUCUUCUCUAGCCUCGUCUUGCCCGGCUUCUUCCCCUCUUCCAUUCCACUAGGGGAACCUCCCCAGCAAUGGUCCUAGCUCUCUGCGGCUUCCCCUCAAGGAUGCAAGGGCUUUGUAAAGAAUCCUAGUUCUAGGUCUCCAGGGGACUUCUGGGAGCAUCUUGGGUGACGGAAGAAUAAACAGAAGCACAGAACCAGGGAAGAGUUUUUCCAAGGUCCCAUAGUCCUGUCUCGACUCCCAAGUCAGUGUUGUUUUGGUCCAUCUUCUCCGCCUCCCAUCAUCUCCAACUUCAAAUGACUGGUAUUUAUUCAGAAGCGCCUCCAUCUCCAGCAAAGGAGGAGAGGAAGAAGAAUGGAUGCUCACAGAUCAGAGUCUCUCUCAGGUCUGAGCAUCUGGGAUAAGACUCCAUCUUUCUCGUCUUAGUUACUUUUAUUUGUUGACGAAGAUGACUGGCAAAAGGAGAAGGCUGAAACUAGAAAUUUUUCAGUAGAAAUGUUUGGGCUGUGCGAAGUUGAUCGUUCUGCUCAUAUACUGGUCUCCUCCAUGAAGGAAUUCAGGCAAACAAAAACUAGAUGUAAAUGCGGUAAAUAAUGAUAGAAGGGAAACAAAAACCUGGUUCCCCCUCAAGUAAGGCUGGCUUUAAAGAAGAUCAGACACCCACAGCAAAGCUUCUAGAGUCUAGAAUCUAGACCAACUAAGGGAAUGAACUAUCAGAAGGAGGAAUUUUUACAAAAUCCACAAAUAAGAGCUUUUGACUCAAAAGGGGACUUUUAAAACACAGCUCAAUAAGUCACCUUUGAAUGAUUAGAUACAUUUCCCCCUAUCCCGAAAGUCACACUCCCUCCCUUCAGUGAGAUUUCUAGAGGCUUUGUCAGAGUGGAUUUACAGCCAUUAAUGUUAACAUGGUCCCUUGGCUCCUACACGGUUCAACAAUUUCAUUCCCUUGGAAGAAAAUAUCCCUCCACUCACCAAGAACCACCCUUGGGAGUCAUUUCUUUGUAACGUAAUAAACGGAGACAACCAUACCUGUGGUUGGUGGGUACACUGGAUUAAACCCAAAUAAAAUAAUUCCCGAAAAACUAUCAAGUGCAAUCUCCAGCAAAAUCGGGUACCUGACUUCUUCCUGAUUUAUCACUGCCCAAAUCUGUGCUUUUUUCACUGCUGUUGCUAUUCCCUGCACUGAAACAAUCCCAACCCCUCCAUGGCUCAGUAGAGUAGCUUCAUGAGUGGCCUUGGCUAGAAAAAAGAAGUUUCUCGAAUGGUGGUCAUCAAUCAGGUGAUGAGCCCCUGAGGACUCGGCUGUAUAUGAUACGGGGGAGUUCCAUCGAACUGUUAAAAAUCUUCCUUCUGAAUAUACUCAUUAUAAGGAAAAGAAACGGAUCUUAGCCAUCAAUCCUGUCAUGAACUUGAAUGUGCCUCUUCCUACUCUGCUUUUCAGAGUAUUGAGGAAUGGCAUCACAAAACAGCAAGGAGGGAUGAGGAGGGAUGUACAUAUAUAUGGCAUAAAAAGGUCACAAAACAAUCGGGGCUUGGGACGCCAAGGUGGUACUUGUCUCGAAGGCACAUCUAGACGAAUGGCAAAUGGCUAGCAUUAAAGAAUAACAAUGUCUGGAAUGGUAAAUGUAGAAAUCUCAGGGGUCAAUUUAGGCCAACCCAACCUUGACCACAGUGACAUCAAUCACUGCCCCGUGGAUGGCCCACCGGCACCUCAAACUUAAGCAGACAGAACUCGCCCUCUUUCCUGGCAAAGCCACCCCUCUUUCCACCCCCCAUAUUUAUUCUGAAAUACUGAUGGGUUCACUCACUUGAAGUCAUCCUCAGUCUCUCCCACUCCCUCAAGCCACUUACUCAAUCAGCUGUCGAGUCUUGUUGAUUCUGCUUCAGAAGCAUUUCUUGCAUCCAUCCCCUUCUCUCCACUCCUAUUUCUUUCCACUCGAGGUAAAAUGAUUCCUCCUUCAUCAUCCAGCCUCAGAUCUCUUCCCCUCUCUUAUGUGUCCUCCACACAGACACCAAAGCAAUGUUUGUUUGUUUUUUCAAAUGUCAAAUUAAUGGGAGUCCAAAUUAAUUUGAUUUAAUUGUGUCAAAAGGUACAGAGACAAAGAUCACAAACCAAACUUGGCUAGAAGAACCCUACUGAAAAGACAUCAUAAAGCAAUGUUCUUAAAGUACAAUUCUAGUAUGCCGUUCCCCUACCCAAUAAAUGCCGAUGGACCCCUAUUUUACCAUCAGUGACACAUUCAGACUCUAGUUUGGCAUUUAAAGCUUGGCAUUGUUUGGCACGAUCGUCCCUCUUCUACCUGGCUGUUGGCCACGUACGACGCUCCAUCUCCCGUCUCUACUUCUGCGCCAUCUCUCUCUCUGACCUGCUGCUAGUAAUGUCCGUCCUCAAAAGGCCUCAUUUCUUUGUAUUUAAUUUGUAUACACGUCUGUAUGGUUGCUGUUCAGAUAGAAUAUGAGUUACUUCAGGGCAGGAUCUGUUUGUCUGCUGCAGCACACGGCACACUGUGGGUCACAAAUAAAUGUUCAUUUGAUUGGAUGGUCCUGUGAGCUCUCGGAGGGAAUUCUUUUCUCUUUGUAUCCCCAGUGCCUAUCGUGAAGCCCCUUAAACUAUGUCUUGACCGGAACCUCUCUAGAUUCUUCCUGAUGAACCUCAGGGGCAGCCUUUUUGGACGGCUCUGGUUGUUGGACGGUUUUUCUUCUUAUAAAACAUAAAUCUGUCUCUCUCUACCCCUCUCUCCUUGUCACGCUGCUGCUCCUGCCUUCGGAGGGGUCGAAUCCAAUUCCAUAGAAUUAAUUGCUCUUGAAACACCCAGAGAAAGCCAAUGUUUCCUCUUAAAACCUUUCUUCUAGGCGAAACGUCUUCCCUAAAAACUCUUCUAUAGAAGGGUCUUUAGGACUAAUUCGCCUUCGUACCUACAUUUCAGCUCCUUGAAGAUGCCCCAUAGGAGGCCAGCGUCCUCCAGAACCAGAUUAAAAUAUAAUUGGGAAAUGCUGAACAAAUAAAAAUACAGAGAAACACA